AUGGAAUCAGCUCCUGGUCAUACCCCUCUUAUACAUGGACUUCCUGAUGAGAUCGCUCUCAUUUGCUUGGCAAGAGUUCCUAGGCGGUAUCAUAAUGUUCUCAGGCGUGUCUCAAAGAGGUGGAGAUCACUGUUAUGCAGUGAAGAAUGGCACUUGUGCCGCAAGAGGAAUAACUUGGACGAGUCAUGGGUCUACGUAAUCUGUAGGGAGGCAGGCAUCAAAUGCUAUGUGUUGGCUCCAGACCCUUCAAGUCGGUGCUUUAGAAUCAUGCAUAUCAUUGAACCCCCAUGCUCAGGGAGGAAAGGUGUUACCAUUGAAGCCUUAGACAAAAGGCUAUUUCUUCUGGGUGGUUGCAGUUACGUACAUGAUGCUACGGAUGAAGUAUAUUGUUAUGACGCCUCAUCAAAUCGCUGGAGCGCAGCAGCUCCAAUGCCUACUGCAAGGUGCUAUUUUGUGUCUGCGUCGCUUAAUGAGAAACUGUACAUAACUGGUGGAUAUGGUUUGACAGACAAGUCACCAAAUUCAUGGGACAUCUAUGACCCGGCCACAGACUCGUGGUGCGCCCACAAGAACCCAAUGCUCACCCCUGACAUAGUAAAAUUCGUGGCAUUGGACGAGGAGCUGGUGACCAUUCACCGGGCAGCGUGGAACAGAAUGUACUUCGCCGGCAUAUACGACCCGCUGGACCGCACCUGGAGAGGCACGGAAAACGAAAUCGCUCUCUGCUGCUCCAGCCCGACAGUUGUGGUGGAUGGAACACUGUACAUGCUGGAGCAGUCGAUGGGCACGAAGCUGAUGAGGUGGCAGAAGGACACCAAGGAGUGGGCCACGCUCGGUAGGCUCUCCGACAAAGUCACAAGACCCCCUUGCGCGCUUGUGGCCAUUGGCAGGAAGAUUCAUGUGAUUGGAAGAGGGCUGAGUAUAGUCACAGUUGAUGUGGACACAGCGGCGAGAGUAGAUGGGUUCCUGGUUACCACUUCUGUAGGCCCAUUGGUUGAGGAGGACUUGACGCCGGAGAGGUGCACGGUGAUCACCAUCUGA